UCCACGUUGGCCCGGACGUGGCACUGGGCGCUCCUCUAAUCCUCCUCCUCUACUCUGUGUUGAAAUCAUUACAGUAAAAUAUCCAAACUCGGGCCCUACUGUGGUCUACAUCACCACAUCUAUCUUCCACGGAGUUGAACAUCCUCGGCCAGCUAUGGGGCUCACCAUCUCGUCCAUCUUCGGCCGGCUUUUUGGCAAAAAACAGAUGAGGAUUUUGAUGGUUGGCCUGGAUGCUGCCGGAAAGACGACAAUCUUGUACAAAUUGAAGCUCGGUGAAAUUGUAACCACUAUCCCAACCAUUGGUUUCAAUGUGGAGACGGUAGAAUUUAAAAAUAUCAGUUUCACUGUUUGGGACGUGGGCGGCCAGGACAAGAUCAGACCUCUCUGGAGACACUACUUCCAGAACACUCAGGGCCUCAUCUUUGUAGUGGACAGUAACGACAGAGAAAGAGUGGCUGAGUCUGCAGAGGAGCUCUCAAAGAUGUUGCUGGAAGAUGAGUUGAAAGAUGCCGUUUUGCUGGUGUUCGCAAACAAACAGGACCUUCCAAAUGCCUUAUCAGUCAGCGAACUGACAGACAAACUCGGCCUACAUGCCCUUCGCAACAAAACUUGGCACAUCGAGUCUACUUGCGCCACCCAGGGCACCGGGCUGUAUGAAGGACUGGACUGGCUUUCCAGAGAGUUGUCCAAGAACUAAAGAAGGAUUUUCUGGGCAGAAGAAAAGGAUUGAACACCACGGGACAGGAGAGAACGCAAAGACAUUCAGCUCAGAAACAUCUGGUUUCCUAACACCAAUGUUCACAGACAGGACGCGGCUCUUUGGAAAUCUUUAAUAUCUCAUACUUUUUUUUUCGUCGUAUUAUCAAUCCUAUUACCUUACUAUUUCUUGACAUUGACUCUAUUGUCGUCUGUUUGUUUCCAAAUCUCUCACAAGUUGUAACAGUUUAUGACCAAAUGACAAAAUUCUUUCACGAACACAAUCAAGAAUAAUGGGAGUUGUUUAUAUUUUAUUUUUUUAUUUAACACCAUUGAUCCAGUCUAGACAGCAUUUGCAGUAAUCAACUACAUGUAUAACAGUCGGACUUCCUUAUGGCCUUUCCAGAGCCUUGGUUGGGGGAUAUGACAAUAUAACCUCAGAGCUUUGGUGAAGGACAAUUUGUCGACUGCCACAAGCUGUUAAUCUCCAUAGCCACUUGUGGAUAUUUGACCUCCUCCCAGACCUGACCCUUUGCUCUUCACUGCUAAGUCCCCAAUCUCAUGCCAGCCCACUUUUUUUUUUUUUUUUCGGUAAAGGUUUGUAGAGUGAAGAGGAAGACAAUUGCAGUGCUUUUGUUAGUAGAAGGAAUCCAAACAUGAACAUUGUGCCUUCUGGUCCCUUUUUGCACAAGUGGCCCUUUCUUUUUAGUGUUCUUAGGCCGUGCUCCCUCCUAAGACACUUGUGUGACUUAUUUUGCAAGAAACCUUUAUGCAAUAACACACUCUCUUUAUUUCUUUUCUUUCUUUCUUUUUUUGCAAUGUAUAUUGUGGUUUAAUGUACUAGACCAUUUUGACUUUAGAUGGCCUCAUGUUUGAACCAUUGUGAUUUUGUCCUCACACAUUUAACUUUUCUUUUUUUGUUGUUGUUUUGUUAUUAACAACCAUGACUUAAAAAGAAUAAAUAAAAACAUCAGUUCUUCUA